AGAAGAAGAAGAAGAAGAAGAAGCAGACGAAGAAGAAGCAGAAGAAGAAGAAGAAGCGUCGAGCUCAGAAGGGUUCAAAAUGGAGUCAUAGACACAUCAGAGACAUCACCAGAGACACCAGAGACAUCAACAGAGACACCAGAGACAUCAACAGAGACAUUAGAGACAUCCUGCAGUUUUAUGUUCAGAAGACAUUAGUUGUUUUCUGAGUUCGUGUCGUCAACACGGGGACAGGUCGCUGCAGCACGCGCAGGCACUUGUGCACACUCGGAACGUCUCUGCUGAAGAGGCGGCCAUGUACUACUUCAACAAACUGGAGAAUGAGGAGGAGGAGGGCGAGGAGCUCAGGUUCAAAAUGGUGUGUGUGGUUAACAUGGACCUUGGCAUGGGUGUUGGAAAGGUGGCAGCCCAGGUGGCCCAUGCUGCUGUGGGUCUGUACCAGGUUGUACAGGAGAAAAGCAGCUGGAGGGAGAUGGCCUGGAAGUGGGACCACAGUGGAGCCAAGAAGGUGGUGGUUCAAGGUACCAACGUGGCCCACCUGUUGGAGCUGCAGGCCCUGGCCAUGAGCCUUGACCUGCCCACUUACCUGGUCCAAGAUGCAGGCCUCACUCAGGUUGAGGCGAGUUCUCGCACCGUCUUGGCUGUCAUGGGAGAGGAGGAGAUGGUGAACAACGUCACGGGCAGUUUGAAGCUGCUCUGAGGGGCCGCUGCGUCCGGGUGAGGGGUGCAGCAUCCAGGAGGUGGCAGCACGUUGGGCCCCAGCUUCAGACUGGUUCUUGUCGUUCCACCACAUGUUCUACGUGAGGUGGAACAACAUUCUGUACCAGGCUCCGUUACAUCCAGACGUCAAGUGUAAAAAGAAACGGUAAACAAGGAUCUGAGAUGUAAACUAAGCUACGCACCGGACAACAGCAGCAUGAUUCUCAUAGGCUCUGUUCGGCUGUGAUCUACAUCAAGUAUGUUUGAGAACAUGCCCCAACACCAAAACCACUCCGCUGCUGGUUUCCAGUUCAACCUGUGUGAGCUGUUCACACAAGGCAGUUGUGUAACCCUUUUUUAUCUAGUCCCACUCAGAGUAGGGAACUGACGAGUCAUCAUCCGUUCCCAAACUCAACAUGCCCGACUCCUCUGCACACGUUCUCCUCGUGACGCGGUUCCAGUCGGCCUGAAGGAGUCCGUUUGUAGAACGUCACGUUGUGUUCCUGCAGAACAACCCAGCGUGUUGUGCAUGCUCUGUUAGAAGUCCAGUCGUGCUCUCUGUUCAUCCUUGUUUCGUGUCGGUGCUUCUGAUCAGUGAAUAAAAUGAACC